CCGGCUGCUAGCACCGGUGAACGCGCCAUUUUCCCAAUACAUACGUCACACAGUGUAGAGAAUACCUAAACGCUCGUAACUCAUGUUUACAUUUUCCUAUUGUUCUUUAUAAAAGAUUCAUGGAAUGGAUUUUGCAAUUUUGUCAGCAAAUUAUCGCGUAGUUUAUACAAAAGAAAUUCUGGAUAUUUAUGUGGUAUUCUAGUGAAAUCUAACGUGAUGCAACGCAAUGUAUUUUUCUAUCUGGAAGGAAGUCUUCCGAAGUAUUACAUAGCCUGUUUUGGAGAUGACGACAGCAUCGAAGUCUGCAGUGAUCCGACCGCCGCCACCGAGGUACUGCGAAGCCUACAAGUAUCCUGUCGACUUCAACACUCCUUCCGAUUUUAAAAACAAUGAAAUUAAUCUGGAAUAUAACUGUCAAAGUGAAAAUUUAUAUGAAUCUCUACCGGAUUUAAAUAGUAAGAAUGCAGUUACUUGUGAUACCUACAAAGCACUUCCAGGUGAAGUUGUGUAUUUUUAUCAACCGGCCCAUUUCUACAGCAACGUAAGUGCUGACUCAUACCGGAAGUUGAAAUAUAUUUAUAGAUUUAAAAAAGGUGCACUAGGUCAGUCUAAAUUAGUGCUUGAGGCAAUACCAGAAACCGUGGCGUCGUCCGAUCAGUCUAUGGGAGUUAAAACAUACGCGCAGUUAGAGGUGGUCGAGUCUGGUAGUGAACAAGGUCCUGGUAUGUGCGGAGUUAGUGGAAUCAAUGGAUGUGAGGGGGUUGGGGGAUUAAAUAGGUGUAGUGAGAUUCAAACCAAUGGUAAAGCAGUUCUUGUGCCGAUAAACGGUGUUAUUCCUACGGAUAGAAUGAUUGUGGAUUCAUUAUUAAAUGAUUCAAAUUGUGAAAGUUGGAAUCACGAGGUAAGACACUCACCAGACGACACACCGGCGCACACACCGGAACAUGGUUCUCGCGUGCAUUCGCCUGAAUUUAAUCAAGUUGACCGAGACUUAGAACAAUUAACCCAAGCAUUAGAAAGUGAAGAAAAAUGUGUUCAGUCCGGAGAACAAACACCCUUGUUGCAAGAACCAAGUGCUCAAUGUACUCACAAUGAAACCAAAAAGGGUUCCACGGAGCCGAAAACCCCCAAAUCCCAAAGAAAAUGUGAAAAUGAUCACGAUUACGCAGAUAGCGGAUAUUCAGACUCUAAUCGAGCGGAUUUUAAAGAACACGUGACCGAUCACUCGGUUGAUCACGUGUUAGAUACUGUGAUCUAUUCUGAACCUGAGUAUUCUUCCUCGGAUAUGUCUAUUAAGUGUACUGGUGACACGUUAAACAAUGCAUUAGACAAAUAUCAAAGAACCCUCAAACGGACAACAAAUGGUACCGACCAUACUGUCUAUGAAUUAAGUCCUUCGGACUCAUUUUAUAAUUCCGCCGACAAUAUGCAUACCGUCGGCAAAAGACAUUCAUUAGCAAGUGGCGAUGGUAUUUGCAAAAUUGGCCAAAGUUCCUCAAGCCUAACAGACGUACAGCGAUCUCGACAACCUCUGUCAAGAGACACAAGUGUGUCAUUUAAAAAGCCAUUGGUCAGUGGCGCCAAGGACGAAAGUGCGAGCACCAGAGUAGAUUUGCACCCGGCAGAGCCACAACCCGAACUGACCGAUGCCGAACCGUUAGUAACGCCAAAUGCAAAACAAACGGCAAGCUCUGAAACUAUACCUUCCCAACUGAUACUGGAGGAUACACGCACAUACUACCGGCGAAAAGCAGCCGACAGGGGGACGCUGUACUGUGCCGCCGGCGGAAUCACAGUUGUAGCUACCAUAGUUUUCUUGCUCAUUUACUUUUCAUGAUUUAUUAAUUAUUCUCGUUUCGUUUUUGCAUAUUUUAUUGCAUGUUGAUGUAUCCGGUUUGAAUAAAAAAUAUUGCUA